AUGGAUGGACUGCAAACAAGGCAAACUCUCUGGUUUAGUCUGCAACUUUUGGUGGGCUACAGGAUCGUGGCUGGUGCUGGCCAUCCCCGUAAACGUCGCCGCAAGGGUCCCCGCAACCAGUUCCUUGAUGUCGAAGCCGAAGUGGACGAUGAAGACGAGGAAGAGCCUGAUGAGGACGACGAAAUUGCUGGCGAGGAGAUGCACCCUGACGACUUGCUCGAACUUCCUGCAGGCGCCGAACGUGACGACCGUAAGCAUCGCGAACUCGACAGACAACGCGAUCUGGCUGCUAGCAUGGAUGCCGAGAAACAAGCCCAGGCCUUGAAGGAACGUUAUGGAAGAAACAGAGCUGCCAAUGUCGACUCAGCCGUCGUACCUCAGCGCCUACUGCUCCCUAGUGUCGACGAUCCCAAAAUCUGGCGCCUUAAGUGCAAACCUGGAAAGGAACGAGAAGUUGUGUUCGGUAUCAUGAAGCGUAUCGAAGACCGCGCAGGAACAAGGGAGCCAUUGCGGAUCAUCUCAGCAUUUGAAAGAGGUGGUGUCAUGUCUGGAAAUCUCUACUGCGAAGCUCAGCAUGUCGAAGAUGUCACAAGUGCUCUCGAGGGGCUUCAAAACGUCUACAUGGGCACCAAGCCUAUGAUGGUCCCUAUCACCGAGAUGCCCGACCUUCUCCGCACUCGCAAGAGCAAAUCUCUCGAACCUGGCAUGUACGUCCGUGUCAAGCGCGGCAAGUACGCUGGUGAUCUGGCCCAGAUCGACGAGGUUGAAUCCAACGGCACAGAGGUCACACUUCGCCUUAUUCCCCGUCUGGAUUAUGGCUUGAACGACGAUGUUAACGCUGCUGUCGACAACAAGCGCAAGCGUUUUGGCUUCGGCGCAAAUACUGGUCCUCGUCCUCCUCAGCGUCUUUUCAGCGAAAACGAGGCAAGGAAGCGUCAUGGACGUUACUUGACCAAGGGCACUGGCUUCACCGCAAAUACCUGGACAUACAUGAACGACACAUACGUUGACGGCUUCCUCAUCAAGGAUUACAAGGCUAACCACUUGCAAUCCGAAGACGUCAACCCCACCCUGGAGGAAGUUACCAAAUUCGCUGCUGAUGCCGAGGAUGGAACUGAAAAUCUGGACCUGUCUGCUCUCGCUGCUACCAUCAAAAGCAACAGCUCUGGUGCGUUCCUCCCUGGUGAUCAUGUUGAGAUCUGGCAAGNNGGCGAACAACGUGGCGUUGUCGGAAAAGCCGUUUCGGUACACUCAGAUAUCGUGCGCAUCCUUGUCUCGUCUGGCGAGCUUGCCGGUCAGAUCAUCGAAUCUCCAGUCAAAGGCCUACGUAAGCUCUUUAGAGAGGGUGAUCACGUCAAGGUCAUUGGUGGCAGCAAGUACUUCGAUGAAGUCGGCAUGGUUGUCAAGAUUGUCGAAGACCGUGUCACCAUUUUGACUGACUCGAAUCAAACCGAAAUCACUGUCUUUAGCAAAGAUUUGCGCGUCGCUACUGAUUCCGGUGGUCAGGUUGGUGUUGGCAAGUACGACCUGCACGAACUUGUUCAACUUGACGCUUCGACUGUGGCCUGUGUGAUAAAGGUUGACCGCGAAUCGCUCCGUGUGCUCGACCAGACUGGCACAGUCAGAUCUCUCCUCCNNCCCUCAAACAUCUCGAACAAGCUCGAGCGCCGCAAGAACGCUGUUGCUACUGAUCGUGAGGGGUCCGAGAUUCACAUUGACGAUACUGUCAAGGNNGAGGAAGGUGGCGAGGGCAAACAAGGUCGCGUUCUCCACAUCCACCGCAACUUCCUUUUCGCACACAACCGAGAACAAACGGACAACGCUGGUGUCUUCGUUGUCCGUACCAACAAUGUCAAGACUGUUGCAGCCAAGGGUGGCAGAGUCGCCUCUGCUCAAGCUGGUCUUAUGAAGAUGAAUCCAGCACUACAGCGUCCUGGUGCUCAGCAGGCUGGUGCUCAAGCUAUGCCGCCGCCACGCCAGAUGNGUCGUGACAGACUCAUUGGCAAGACUUGCACUAUUCGUAGAGGUCCUCACAAGGGUCUUUUGGGCAUUGUCAAAGACAGCACAGAUACUCAUGCGCGUGUAGAGGUCCAUGGUAGUAAGAAGAUCAUCUCCAUCAGCAAAGAAUUUUUGACUGUCAGAGACCCUGUCACGGGUGCCGUCAUUCAGCAAAACGCAGGCCAACGUCCUGGUGCGCCACCAGCUGGUGGUGCCGGCGGCAGACCUCCGGCAUGGGGAGGCGCAACUCCUGGUAGAUUCGGAGCUACGCCUAGAGCAUCAGACGGUGGACGCACCCCUGCUUGGAAGCCAGCAACUGGUGGUCGCACUCCUGCAUGGGCUGGCGCAGGUGCUGGUGGAAGAACUGCUUAUGGCGGCAGCGGACUCAGCAGCGUGCCGGCAUGGCAGAGAGGAAGUGGAGGCAGCACAUCUUAUGGUGGAGCAACCGCGUACGGAGGUCAAACGUCUUAUGGGGGCCAGACAUCCUACGGAGGCAGCACCGCAUACGGAGGAGGCACAUGGAACCCAAACACCCGCACACCAUACCACGGAGGCGGCACAGCCUACGAGUCAGGAUCAAAAACCCCGGCCUACGGCAUGGAUGCUCCCACACCUGGCUUCCNNAGUGCACCCACUCCUGGCAACUUGGAUCAACCCACGCCUGGAUAUGGUCAGUACCGUACUCCGGCGGCAGCACCUACACCAGGCGCAUUCNCCGAAACUCCUGGAGCCUGGAAUGCCGAGACUCCUGCUGGUGAUGGCGGUCCUGGCUACGACUGA